CCCUCGCGCAGCAUACAGCCGGUCGUGGGGUGUUAGGAGGCAGAUCGUUAUCCUGCCAUAAAAAUCUAAUGCAGCCUGGUUUUCUUGCAUGUCUUUUAUUCGCGAUCGUGAUGAUACGGAGUGUUAGUUCAAUGGAUGUUGUUGGCCAUAGAUGUUGACGCAGCGUCAUCCGGAAAGGGGUGUAUGCACAGACAUCACGGGCUGCUUCUGCGUCUGCAGCCUGUGCCCCGCCCUCACUGACUCCCCAGCAGCAUCACCGGCAGCUGCUGUCACAAACGGAAUAAAAUAGGUUCACCGCUUACCGAUCCUGGCGGGGGGGGGAGCGUCGUGUUUUCUCAAUGCUUAUCGUGGUAGGCGUUUGUCAAUUUGCAAGUAGCCUGCAACAAUAUUAAUAUAGGCCUAUGAGACCCUGUCGAGUGGCAAUAUCCAGCUUGUCUGCUGUUAUUUCACCCGGACUGAUUCGCGCGUUAUAGCCUCAGUUAGUGUGAUAGCCUCAUACAUCUCUCUGUUGCUCUCGGAGGUUGUAAGAGGUUUUUUUUUUUUUUCCGAAGGGCAUCAUUGAGCGACACGGUGCGACAACGAUGUGCACGUUUGACGGCUACACUAAGCAAGUGGGAGGGAACCUGUAUCUGCUGCUGUAGUCAUUGAGUUUUUUAGGAGUUCUGAGCCACAUCCAGAGUCCAAGCUCUCUGCUUCAGCGCCUGGCUUGAGCCUGCAACGUCAUGAGUUGAUCGCGUCUGACAGAUGUUACUGUGUUGCAGUUGCACAGGCGUACGUGCUCCGCUUGUUCUCGCUGUUUUGGGGGGAUGAUUCUGUAAGACACGGUUCAUUUCAUAAAUGUUUAGUCCUCGCUUUGUGCUCGUGCUGAUUGCAACCUUCUUGUAGUCUUCGCGUUUCCAUAAAAUGAUACCUGGAUCUGCCGCAUCAAUGCUACCGUCUGCAGAAGCGGCGAAAUUGUACCAGACCAAUUACGUCCGCAACUCCCGAACCAUCGGACUCUUGUGGGCCAUCUUCACUAUCCUGUUCGGCAUCGUGAACGUGAUUAUCUUCUCACAGCCCUAUUGGAUUGGGGAUGGCAUGGAUACGCCGCAGGUCGGCUACUUCGGCCUCUUUCACUUCUGCGUCGGAGACGGAAUCGCCAGAGAGCUGGACUGCCAGGGCAGCUUCACUGAGUUCGCAGCUAUCCCCUCCACUGCGUUCAAGGCCGCCUCCUUCAUCGUUGGAAUGUCCAUGAUGCUGAUUGUCACCUGUAUCGCCUGCUUCAGUCUCUUCUUCCUCCUCAGCACCUCAACCGUGUAUAAGAUCUGUGGCUGGAUGCAAGCAGCAUCAGGUGUGUGUCUGGUGCUGGGCUGUAUGAUCUAUCCUGAUGGGUGGGACAGCGAAGAGGUGAGGCGGAUGUGCGGUGAGCAGACGGACAAAUACAGCCUGGGAGCAUGCUCAGUGCGUUGGGCCUACAUCUUGGCGAUUAUGGGUAUUCUGGACGCCCUCAUCCUGUCCUUCCUGGCCUUCGUCCUGGGGAACCGGCAGGACGGACUGAUGACCGAAGAGCUGCUUGCUGAGAGCAAGGAGGGAGGCAACGCCUAACCAAAUCUUUAGGUUCCCAAACCCCAUGUGUCCAUUGUCAUAAAGUACCUGUCCUCCUGUCAGCUAAGAGAAGGGAGGCAUUCAUGCCUGUGAAGAAGAAGAGUACCAUGGAACCAGCCAGCCUGCCUUUCACAUCUCCCAAAAAACCCAGUGUAACCUUCCCUUCAGGUCCAGCCAUCUUGCUUGCAGUCCCUUCAUCAUCUCCAGCACUUUGACGGAGCCCAAUGCACUUUUAUCUUUCUCUCCCCCCCCCCACCCCCCCCACCUUGCACUACAUGUCAUACACUAUAACAGGGGCAGAGACUGUUUUCAAGAAUAUGGACCACCCACUACCCACUACCUACCUGAGAAGGCACAGGGAUGACAUCAUAUACCUGCAGUACGAGCACACAAACACACACUCACACAAACACACACACACACACACAUUCAAAUGCACUCACAUGCACAAACACAACCCUAAACACAUAGCCUACACAUGCAUUACAUUCAGACAAAAAAUGUCAUCAAAAAACUCUGUAAUUACAAAUAUUAAACUAUGUUAACACUUAGCCGUGUGUACCACCGUCAGAAUGUGUGUCAUGUACGUUUUAUUUGUGAAAAGAAGAAACUGCUCAUUUUCAGAUUAUAUCAGGUUAAUGUAAAUCUAUUGUGUUUCAUAUGUAACGUCUGACAAUGAAAUGAAAGUCUUAGUUUCUUUUUUGCCCAUACGCUCUGUUUGUUCCUCUUCAUUUACAAGUACAAAAUAUAUUUAACACUGUUUUAUAAAAUAUUAUCACCCGAAAGAGGACAAAGCUUGUAUUACAAAGUAUGUACAGUAAAUAUUAAAAAUGUUCUAGGAAUUUUAACUAAAUCCAUUCAACAGCCUGCUAGCUAACUUUGCACAGCACUUCAGUUUGAGAAGAAAUCAAUAUUUUAUAGUCUGUGGGAUCUAUCUACACUGUGAUGGGGGCUAUUAGGACUGAGUGCUGCAGGACUCGUAGCUGCUGUGUGGAUGUGCUACAGUAUGUGUGUGCGUGUUGGAAAGUGUGUGCGCGUGUGAGUUUCUGCACAUAUGUGAGGGUUUGAAUGUGUUGCCUGCAUUAGUUCGUUGGGCUAUAGAGAACAGAUAUGCCGGCCUCACACACACACUUGUAUACAUAAAUCAAUCCGUCUGUGUGUUUGCUUCUUUGACUUCCUUUCUCUCUUUGUUUUGUUGGGACAUACAGGGUAGACUCAUGACGUGGUAUCUAUAAUGAUCAGUUUGACUGAGGAGGGAGGCUGUUGUAUUGGAUCGGUAAAGCAUGUCCCGGCCUCAUCUGUGGAUAUAUUCAUGUGUAAAUAAAUAUUCUAUAGAUUCAAAACAGUUUAAAAUACAGAGGAGAAUUAACUUAGAGCAAUUUAAGAUAUUCCUUUAAAGAUAUAUGACACUUAAUAAAGAUUUUCACUGUAAAAAUGCUUUUGUCAUGUUGUUUUCAUUUUGACAGAAAUCAGGCAUAAAGUUAAAAGUUGUUCAGCUGGGGGCGCGCUGGUGGCGCAAUGGUUAGGGCGCGCGCCCCAUGUAU